GUACAGCGUCCGAUUAAUUUACGGCUAAAUCCAACGGUCAAAAAUUAACUUCAAUUUUGUGACGUGUGAACAACAGAUCAAUAGAUUCUCCGUAACUGAAAGAGAGGAGAGAGAGAGAAGGGGGAAAAUGGGGAUAUCGGGUUCAAAGCGAGUCACGGCGAUUCUAUCCAACUCGCCCGAGUUUAACUCGGCUUGUGACUCAGCGUACGAGGAGUCUCUUUCUCUUGCACAGCAUGCUUUCGCCGGAGUUCGUCCCUACCAGCUCGUCUCCGCCGCCGCUCACAUCCACCGGAAUCUUUCCUCUCUCCGGUUCCCUCUAAUCACCAGAUGGGUCUCUUCUCCUCCGAGUCAAUCCCAAGUCGACUCAGCUCUCCGAGUCACCGUCUCUCGAGUCGCAGCGGCGGAGGAGGAGGAGAUCCUUGGACCGGAGGAGUUCAAAGAAUGGGCCGUCGAGGUUUUCGUGGAAUCCAUAGUGGGAAACGCGAGGAAGACGAUAGCGAGUCGGAUUCCAUUAGGAAUCGUCGGAAUCGCUGGGAUCGGCGCGGUGACUCGGUCGGGUCAAAACUUGAUCGGAGCUGCGAUUGGUGUGUACGCGAUUGGAGUUGCUACUUCGGUUUUUCUAAGCCUCUCUGAUUAGAAUAAAAGAUUACGUUGUUG